AUAGUUGAGGGGGGAAAAGCAGGUUGUGAGUCACAACAUAAGUCCCCACAAUCAUAACGCAGUCUAGAUAAAGCCAUAGUACAGUGCUCCAUUAUGCUAAAUGGCGAUAAGCUUCCAUAUCUCUUUAUAUUAACCCCUAACGUAACCUUCAUUUUAUCUGAACUACUGCUCUCCCGGGCUGUCCCCUUCAGCCACCACAACCGAACCUUCAAUGGCGGAGCCAAACACCUCCAGACGAUCCCUUGCCAUGGAGAGAACCGGCCAAUGGGUCUUCUCUCAAGAUUUACCUUCUGAUCUUAUUGUCGACGUCGGAGACACAAGUUUCUCCCUCCACAAGUUCAUGCUGGCGCCCAAGAGCAAUUAUAUCAGACAACUGAUAAAGGAAUGCGAGGCCAGUGAUCUGUCUAGAAUCGACCUCUCCGACAUACCGGGAGGGCCGAAAAUCUUCGAGAAAGCAGUGAAGUUCUGCUACGGCGUCAACUUUGAGAUCACGGUUUACAACGUCGCCGCUCUCCGCUGCGCCGCUGAGUACCUCGAAAUGACAGAUGAGUAUUGUCCAAACAGUCUUGCCGGCCGCACGGAAGACUUCCUCUCACAAGUUGCCUUGUCCAGCUUCACCGGCGCUGUUUUAGUCCUCAAAUCUUGUCAAAAGCUUCAACCCUUCGCCGAUGACCUCAGCCUCGUUAAGCGAUGCAUCGAAGCUGUCAGCUCCAAGGCUUGUAGCGAAGCCAACUUCCCGAGCCGGUCACCGCCGAACUGGUGGGCGGAGGAGCUUGCUGUUUUGGACUUUCAUUCCUUCGGCCAAGUCAUCACCGCCAUGAAAAAGCGAGGCGCCAAGUCUUCCACUAUAGCGAGGGCGCUGGUUGAUUACACCGAGCAACUACUCCGAGAAGAAGUAGACCGUAACCAGUCCUCCCACCGGGUUAAGUCGUCAGAAGACGGAACCGAACUAGCCGAGCUUCUUCAAUCCAUCGUCUCCCUCUUCCCCAGUGAGAAAUCAGCUUUCCCAAUAAGCUUCCUCUGCUAUCUUCUCCGAUGCGCGAUUACUCUCGGAGUAUCGGGCAGCUGCAGAAGCGAGCUUGAGAAGCGGAUCUCUGCGAUACUCGAGCACGUGACGGUCGACGACCUUCUGGUCCUGUCAUUCACCCGCAACAGCGAAAGGUUAUUUGAUCUGGACAGCGUAAGGAGGGUCAUCUCGGGAUUCGUGGAGAAGGAGAAGAACGUGGCUGUUUUCAACGUCGGCGAGUUCAAAGAGGUGUACUCCAGUGGGAUGCACCGCGUGGCAAAAACGGUGGACGCGUACCUGGCCGAGAUUGCCGUCUACGAUGACCUAAGCAUCUCCAAGUUCAAUGGCAUUGCUGUUCUCAUUCCCAAAGGUGCCCGGGAAGUCGACGACGAUCUCUAUCGCGCCAUCGAUCUCUACCUCAAGGCUCACCCGAAUCUAGACGAGAUAGAGCGAGAGAAGGUGUGCAGCGUGAUGGACCCACUGAGGCUGUCAUACGAGGCGCGUGUGCAUGCAUCGCAGAACAAGAGGUUGCCGGUGCAGAUUGUGCUUCACGCGCUCUAUUACGAUCAGCUGAAGCUGAGGAGUGGAGCGGAGGAGGCGGCGGCCACGGGGAGGAUUCAGAUGCCGACCGAUUUGUCGUUGAUGAGGGAGAACGAGGAGCUGAGAACGGAGCUGUUAAGGAUGAGGAUGUACUUAUCGGAGCUACAGCACCAGGGUCUUGGAACGACGUCGUCGGUUGGAGGAUCCGAAUCUGGUCCCAGAAAGUCCACGUUUUUCUCGUCGGUGUCUAAGAAACUGAGCAAGCUGAACCCGUUCAAACAUGGGUCAAAGGAUACGUCCAGUAUAGAAGAUGGGCCCAUGAAUGUGGUGAAGCCCAAAGGUAGAAGAUUCUCCAUCUCCUAAACUGUUCGUUACUCCCAAGCCCAAAAAAAAAAAAGGGUUUGUGAGCCAAGAUCUGAGGGGCAUCUUUUACAGAGAUUUAUUUACGAACCUGUUGUGUUCUGCAUUUACGCAUGCUUCAUUAUGUGGGACAAUGCAAAUAAUUACGACUGUGCCGCUUAACGCCUUUCUUAUUAUUACCUUGAUGCACUUUGAUAUGAUAUAUGGCAGCAAUAUGUUGUCGUGUAUGUAAUCACACAUUAUAAAAUACUAUGUGUCUAAAUUGGCUAGUUUUUUUUUUU